AUGAGCAUUCGCACAACUGGUCGGUUGUUCUCCAAGGUGGUCCUAUUCGGAGGAGCAGGCGUAGCUGCUGCUCUCGCGGCUUAUAUCCACUCCACCGGCCAUGCCGACCCUCCUAAGAACCUUCCCAAGCUUGCCGACGAGGUUCCGUCGAGGCAGGUUCAUAUGUCAGCUCUCGCAGGGAGCAGCUCUGCGCGGCCAUUCGACAUCCUCGUUAUAGGCGGCGGCGCUACUGGCGCUGGCGUGGCCUUGGACGCUGCUGCACGCGGCCUCCACGUGGCGAUGGUGGAGCGAGACGACUUCAGUUGUGGCACAUCCUCUAGAAGCACUAAGCUCGUUCAUGGAGGCGUUCGUUACCUCGAAAAGGCUUUCCUUCGCAGAGAUCUCGCCCAGCUUCGCCUCGUGAACGAAGCCCUGGCGGAGCGAGGCAUUCUGAUUCGCAACGCUCCGCACCUGGUCUGGCCGUUACCCACGCUCACGCCGUGCUAUCAUUGGUGGGAGGUGCCCUACUACUGGGUCGGGCUUAAAGCGUAUGAUAUUAUAGCGGGGAAGAAAGUGCUUUACAUGUCCCGCGUGGUCACGGCAGCGGAGGCUACUGGGAUGGUUCCGACGCUUGCACACAAGGCCCGAGACGGCCGUACGCUGAAAGCUGGAGUGCUGUAUUACGAUGGGCAGAUGGACGACGCUCGGCUGAACCUCGCGCUCGCCACCACGGCAGCGCGCGCAGGCGCUGUUGUGCUCAACCACGCGAGCGUGUCCGCGUUAAAGACAGACCCGACUGGGCGAGUUGAGGGCGCUGUGGUGAAGGACGAGCUGACGGGGAAGCAGGUGGAUGUGCGCGCCAAAGUGGUGGUGAACGCCACAGGCGCUUACUGUGACAGCGUUCGCCGUAUGGCGGAUCCCAACACUCCUCUCGCCGUCCUGGCUUCCUCCGGCUCCCACGUCGUUCUCCCCGACUUCUACCUGGGAGCCGCCUCUGGCAGCACGUCAGGUGCGGGGGCAGGCACCGCCAGCGGCAGCGGUGGCGGCGGCGGAAACGUGGGUCUGCUUAUACCGAAGACGGCGGACGGGAGGGUGAUGUUCAUGCUGCCGUGGCUGGGGCGGGUGGUGGCUGGAACGACAGAUGCGCCUUCCGAGGUGGUGGAUGUGCCUGUUCCCACGGAGAAGGAGGUUCAGUUCAUCGUGGAUACGCUCAGCAACUACCUGGAUGUGGAUGUGCGCAAGGAAGAUGUCUUGUCUGUCUGGGGCGGGCUCCGCCCUCUCCUGCGGAAAGGGCUCAAAACGAAAACACCCGCGCAAGAAGAGGGUAAACCCGAGGGAGGCACGGCAGGAGCAGGGAAGCCGGAAGAGGUUGAGACAGAGGAGGGGAAGCAGACGGAAGGGAGCAAGGCAGAUACAUCGAAUGUGGUCCGAGAGCACACUGUGAUGGUGGAGGGAGGUACUCUGGUUACAGUCACAGGCGGCAAGUGGACCACUUACAGGAGCAUGGCAGAGGACACGGUCAACACAGCCAUCCGAGUCGGCAACCUCACAGCACCAACCACCACCAACCCCACCAAUCCAUCAACCAGCACCAGCAGCACCACCAGCAGCAGCAGCGGCAGCAGCAGCGCUCUCGCCCUGCCCCCCAGCGUCACGGAGCAUCUGCCCCUCACAGGAGCGGCUGGCUUCACCCCGGCCCUCUUCUCCCAGCUGGCGCAGAAUGCCGAUGUGCUGCGGGUGGCUCCUGACCGUCGGAUCCUGCCGUACCGGCUGGAUUCUGCGGUGGUGUACCACCUGGUGCGGUCGUAUGGGACGAAUGCGAGCAAAGUGAAGGAGAUUGCAACUACUGAGCUUUUGGCUGAGCGCCUUGCUCCUGGUUUCCCCGACAUCGAGGCUGAAGUAAUCUUCGCUGCCCGUAACGAGUUUUGCGAGACUGCAGCAGACUUCCUGUGCCGCCGAUCUCGUAUCGCCUUCCUAGAUGCCGAUGCUGCAAUGCAUGCUCUGCCACGUGUUGUCAAACUGCUGGCAAAGGAGCAUGGCUGGGACAGCAAGAGGGAGAAGCAAGAGCUUGAAGCAGGGGCGAAAAGUGUGAACCAGUUUCGCGCUGUGUCCAUAGCCCCAUCAGCACAAUGA